AUGGCCCCAAAACAGCGUUCCCAAACUCCUCGACAACCUGGCGUCGCCAACUCCUCCGAGUCAAUCCUUCAUCCACAGCAGGCUACGACUACGACACUCUUUUCCGACCAACCAACCAAAGAUCGCCGCCACCGACAGAGAGACAGCCCGCGACCCAUAUCUUCCGCUCAGUCGCCUUCUCAGGACACGAUCGCUUUCAGCCGAUCCCCUAUAGUAUCCGACUCGCCUGCCUCACCGGUCGAAGGGACUGCCCAAGGAUUGUCUUCUCGUCGUGAAAGCUCUUCCACCAUGAGGACAUCAUCCGUUUCUCUCGACAUGGUGCCGACGUGCACGCCCACCGGUCGCAUCAGCAAGGCGAAGAAAGGCAAACGUGUGCAUGCUUGCGAGUUUCCUGGUUGUGGCAAGUCGGGGCCCAACGGCGGCAACCUGGCUAACGAUGGUCAUCAGGUCUUCACCCGGGCAGAGCACAGAAGGAGACAUGAAUUGAAUCACAAUCCUGAAGCACUCUUCCCUUGCACUCGCCCUGGAUGUCGAAAGGCAUUUCACCGGAUGGAUCUUCUCCAACGCCAUCAGGAGAGACAUGAUCUGGAAACCGCAGCUGAGUCCAAUGCCUCUGCCCACAUGGGCCAGUUGGGACAGGUCUCGGUCACUUCAGAACCUUCGGCGGUGAUGCCUGCUCCUGUUAUGACCAGUCCCCAAGCCGAUCGAAGUGCUCCCAGGUCCUCUUCUGGAGGACUCUCGAUCGGUUCUUUGGUUCAUCCCCAGCAAGACUACCGUUACGGCAUGGGGACGCCAGCCUUUAACGGCUUCUCGCGACAGCCCAUGCAUUACGUCCCUGGCUACAACUCAGCGGACGAUUCUAUUUUCUAUACCCCUGAGAGCAGUCAAUCUCCGGUUUCUGAGUAUUAUGGCCGGUACGCCCACCGUCAGAGCAUUUCUUCUUCUUCCUCCGUAGCUGCCUUCGAUCCCAGCGCGGCCUCCCCCCUGAUCAACGGAACAAUGCCAGGCCCCUGGGUGCCUUCGUCGGGACCUCCCAGCAUUCUGCCCUCGACCAUGCUUGAUGAUGGGACUUAUCUUCCUUCUCCUGCAGACUCUACCAUACCAAUACCCCUCUCCGACCUGGAUGGAAUCGAAUGGUCUGUCAUACGACGAGAACUAUCAAAUGCCUCUGGACUUCAGUCGGGAAAUGCCUCAACCAGUAUAUCCGACACUAUAAGGUGGGAUUGCCUGGAGCUCUACUGGCAGUACUUCCAUCCGGCAUACCCUCUCAUCCACCGACCCAGCUUUUUGCCCACCAAACCGAGUCCUCUCCUGGCCAGUGCCAUGCUUGCAAUAGGAUCACAAUACGACACCCGACCGGACGCGAAACUGUACUCCCUGACCUUGUUGGAGAUUGCCACGAAACUUUUGAGGAGACGAGACAACAUCACCAGUCGAUCACGGCUGGCAGACUUGCAGACUGUCUUCCUUCUCGAGAUUCUGAGCAAAUACUGUGCGAGGCGGGUGGAGGUGGAGAUGUCUGCGAGAUUUCGAUCACUGUUUGCGAGCCUCGAUCAGGCAAGACGGAUCCUUGCAACGGAGCCCUUGGCAGUCUUGAGGACUCUUCCCAAAGAGCGGACGACCGACGACAUCCAGAGAGCCCAUAAAUUCUGGCUGGAGCACGAGACCCGGCGACGGAUUUUGCAGGCGUGUACCGUGCUGGAUCUUCAGCAAGUGGUCUUGUUCGAACAGCCAGCCACGAUCGUGCAUCAUGAGCGGCCCAGGAGAGCAGGCCCCAACGGGCUUCGAUUGACCGUCUCUUUGCCCUGUUCGGAGGAACUCUGGGAGACCAGUCCGAUCGAAGAGUGGAUUGGGAUGGCCUCCGGCUCUUCUAUGUCCCCUUUGUCCAGCAAGACUAGGCCUUCCCGUUCGGAUCAAGCGUUCUCUUCGUCUCUGGACUACUUCCAGAUCCAAGUGAGCUUGGCCGCUAACCAGGGGGUUUCUCUUGAUCAGCUCCUGCCCCGGCAGGAUCACACAGGUGAAUCUAUAUCUCGGCUCAUCUUCAACCGCCACGCUCGGGACAUGGCCAAGCACGCUCCGAUCCGGCAGCUGCUGGUGGUCAGCGGCGAAUCGUGGAUCAUUGGGAAGAAGCUCGAGAACGAGGCCGAAUUUCAAGACGCUAAACGAAACCUGCGAGCCUGGGUCGACUCGAACCGGGAGAGCCGGGUGGCACUCUGGCACGCCACGCAACUGAUCCGUAGCCGGGCCAAGUUCUCGACUUCGGAUGCUACCAACACCGACCUCUUUGUUUCUUUCCACGACACUCACAUGCUCCAUGAGCCGUGGGUGUUCUACCUGGCCGCCCUCAUCUGCUGGGCUUACGGCUUUUCUGCAUCGACCACGGCCGAGAACAGCGGCCAGGGCUCCGGGGCUGGUUCGGCCACCAGCGAGCCCACUUCGAAUCCUUCAAGGAGUUCCAGCUUGUCUUCGGCGCAUCCAGCUCUCCUGGACGCGCAUGAAGCGGCAUACAGCAUGCGCGAGUAUUUACAAAACACCAACGUCAAAACAGUCGACGACUUGUUACGCUUAGAUCCGCAGGUGUUUGGACGGAUGCACGGUCUUCUCGAAAUCGUUCGCCUCCACAAGGUUUCCCUCUUUCUGGGAGGACUCAUGAAUGAAGCCGAACGGGUAUUGUAUCGACUCGUGGAGGGACGCAGUCGACUGUCACACUUCUAG